UUUUGCAGCUGACGUCGGCGAAAUGAAAAUCGGCUUGUUGCAGUUUUCCCCCCAGAAUGGAAGUUGUCUUGACGGAGAUACGGGCUAAACUUGGCUGACCUGGCAGGAUAUUAACGUCGGUCUUCUCCUUUUUUUUUCUCCCAGUCUAAGUCCGCGUUAACAACGAAGCCUGUGUGUCGGAGUCCCCGCAUGGAGGAUGAGGAGGAUGAUGUGUUUGAGCCAGACCCCCACUGCUGGCAUACCACAUUCAAGGAGAUAAAGUGUGAAGAGCGGGCUACACAAACACCUGGCCCCGUCCUGGCAUCAAACUACGGCAUGCUGCCCUGUGGAGUCGCAGAGGAGCCAAGACCACUCUUCUACGGCAACGCAGGAUUUCGAUUGCACUUCCCGGCAAACUUUGAGCUUGUUAGGGAUCAGGUGGUACCGCUACUAGAGAGCGAAGACGGGAUGGAGCAGCUACGCCGGCGACAGCCUGUGCCACGCAGCGUGGAGGUCUGCAUCGGUCAGAAACUCCAACUGAUUGGAGACCAGUUCCAUCGGGAACAGUUGCAACUGUAUCAUCGAAACCAAAGGAACCAAAGGGGGCUGCUGUGGUGGCGCCUAGCCACAGCCCUGCUGGGCCUGAUCUUUGACGGGGGCUUCUUUGCUGGACGAGGAGAAGCGAGACGGAGUGGAAGAGUCGGGAUGAGAAAGGUCACCGCGGGACGGAGACCACCAACUUUUAUACAAGGUUUAUUUCUUUUCAAGAAGAUGCCAUGAUACCCUGAGAUUCCUCUACAGGACAAUGUUCAUAUUUUGCUAGAAGUGUGGUGUAAUAGUUUUGUACAGUACAAUGGUCUUGUUCAAUUUUUUGCACUUCACAAUGUAUUCUUUUUAAUGACCUCCACAGACCCUGGGAAUGCCUUAUUCUAAUGUUUCCUGCCGCAAAGAGUAUUGAGAGAUUUUUUUUUUCUUUUGUGAAGAUUUCCAGCUAACCGCUCAAGUUGAAUUACUCAUUUCCAAAGAGGCAAUUUCUCAGAACAAAACAUUUUGCACCUCACCUCGAUGUUACAUUCACCCUAAUAUGUUUCCCCCCUCAUCUAUUUGCUGUAACACCAUAUUCACUUUGAGCGUCAUCUCGCAACAGCAUGAACUGUUUAUGUACAUGAAAUGUCUGCACAGUGCACACCAAGACAAAUAUUUAGUCAAACUACAUAUUACAUGUCGACAUUCAAGGAAGUAUCAUGGGGUGGAGUUAGGGGAACCUAUCGAUGCUCACUACUCAAACAAACCUGAGUAAAGAAGUGUCCAGACUGCAAGGUUAUUAAUAAAUAAAAAAAAGUCUGUUAUGGUUUAAAUACACUAUGUAAAUGAAAAUAUUGAGACACAGCUAUGAUGUAAUUAACAAAGCAUGAUUCCAUGCUUCUAAUGUGUCCCCAUGCACAGAGCAAGGUCCUGCUUUGAAAAGUUUACUAUUCUAUCAUCCAUCCAUCUAUACAUUUUCUACCGCUUGUCCCUUUUGGGGUCAUAUAACCAUUAACUCUCAGGGGACAAAGCCUGACUUUUUUGUUCUUUCAGUCAUUUUUUUAAUAUAUUUUUGGCCAUCAUCUUUUUGUUGUAUUACUGAAAUUUUUAAUUUCAAUUUCCAAUUCUUUCACAGGUAGAAUAGACCUUUGAUACGCCACAUAUUCCACAAUGACCCAAAGCAGGGGCAAACAGAAAAAAUAUACAGUAAAAAACGGGACGUAUACAGUACUUUAUUUUUCAAAGGGCAUAAAACAUUUGGGAUUCUUUUUAUUUGAUUUUACUUUUUUGCCCACAUAACUCAAUCAAUGUCAGCCAUGAACAAAAAUACCAAACGUGGAAUGUUUUUUUUUGUUGUUUUUUGGGGCGUAGAGGGGUGUAAGCCUUAAAAAGCUUUAUGAUCAAACGAUUAUUAAGGGUGCUGAAAAAUGUAUUCUCAUCCGAAUCGCAAUUCUUAUUUAUUCAAAUUCUAAAUUGAUUCAGAAUUUUCAAAAAUGUAUAAAAAAGGUUUAAUUUUAUUUUUUAAAGGCUAACUUUUUUCAAAUACGUUUUUUAGGCCAUAUCGGUGUUUACCUGUUGUGCGUAUGUCAUAUGUCGGUAUGUGACCUGUUUUAUCAUAAAUUGCUCUCCCUAAUGAUAUAUUGCAAAGAUUGGUUAAAUCAAGAAUCAAUUAUGAAUCGAAUCAUGAGUUGAUGUAAAAAUUCAUCCCUAUCAAUUGCACAUAACCAAUUUAAACCUGUAAUAUUAUCUGAUCUAAAGGACUUCAAAACAGUCAGAAUAAGAAAAAAAUGCAUGUUUGAUAUUUUUGUUCAGGAUUGAUAUGUAUUGAGGAAAUUAAAUAAAAAACCUACGCCCUUCAAAAACUUAGGGCUUUUAUAUCUAUCUAUAUAUCUAUAUCUAUAUAGGGCUUUAAAGAUAAUUAAAAUGAAAUGUCGCCAGACAAAACAUUUAAAGGCCCCUCACAGACAUACCUACCCCAACAUCUCAGAAAGUCUUCCUAGAAGCUGUUAUAGACACAAAGACAUGACUAACUCCAUCCUAUCUCCCUUUUAUCCACAAUGGCGAUGUGUCCCAAUAUUUUUGUCCAUAAAAUGUGUCAAGCUAUCUGCUGUAAUAUUUUCAAAUCCCAGACGCACAAGAUGGUAGUGCUCUGAUGUGUUGUAUAGAAUGUUUGCUUUUUUGGAAAGGUGUAACGCUCGUGCACUAAACGACCACAUGAGUCAAGCCAAUUGUGUGCUGAGCGAGAUAGGCGCUUCCAUCUUGUUGCAAGAACGUUCCAUCUUGUUGCGUUUUUGAUCCAUGUUAUUUGCAGACCUCCAUGCCCUUGAAGUGGAGCUGAGGAUCCACUGUUUUUGCACUAGUACGCCCUUCACAGAGUUUCGCUUCUUAACUAGACUAGCCCCGUUUUACAAGAAGACGUUCAUGUCGCAUUUUUUUCAAUCAGUGUUGACUAAUCGCAGUCAGGACUGGAAAGAGAGCGGUGGCGACUGUGUCCCGUAUCAGCAGUUUUCGGUGUUGUUUUCAGUCCAUCUGUGCAACAAGAUCUCCUCCUCUCAGGCAACUCUAAUGGGAUUUCCGCCCGCUUUGAACUCAACAGGGUGACCCUUGUAUUGUCUUCGGUGCUCAGAUGCAGAUGUGAGGCAGUUGUAUUCACACCAUCGCUGACUGUGCAAACUGAAGACUUGUUAUUAUUGUUGAAAUACACUGUCGAAGAUUUUAUUUUUCCACUGAUGAACACAGGCCAACUUUUGGACCCACAGAGCAAUAUAUUAAUGACUUGCUCCUAACAAUGUGUCAAGUUGAUAAUUUUUAGGGGUUUUCUUUGUUAUCCGCAUAUCUCAGGGACAAGGUUUUGAGGGCCGCCGGGGACCUUGAGAUUCAGUUACAGUGUUGCCCCCGCCCCAUGACGAAACCUCGUCUCCAGGGGUGGUUACUUCGUUUUUUUUUUUUAAUCCCAAUUACUUCAAACAAAGGUACAGUUCAAGCAGGGAGCCAGAGACGUACUUGUUGUGUGCUGUUGGUGACGGGGGCUACGGAGUGUGUAGUUAGGAGGCGUGCGACGUGCACUGAAUGUUGUUGUAGUUUCCUGCGGAUCCUCAACGCUGAGCCAGUUAUCGUAGCGCCCCGUGCCGUCACUGGAAGUCCUCUUUGUACCGCUCCUUUAAGAUACGCCUCUUGUUCAUUAGUUCACUUUCUUUGUAAUUUAUUUCUUUUACUUUAUAUUUAUUUUGGGGUUUUUUUUGUAUAUUGGCCUCUUUCUACUGUAGACACGUGUGUGUGUUUGAUCGCUUCUUGUUAUUUUAAGUUCCAGCCUUUGACUAAUUCCAGGUUGUCUGACAUGAAGAGCAGCAGUUUGGUAAACAAAAUGUACAAAUUGACUUUAAUGGGCUAAGUUUGCACCGGCCAUAUUGGAUGUUGCAUUGCAGGCUAAAUUGGAUUUUGUUAUUCACUACAGUAAUUUACGGACUAUAGACACACCUAAAUAUAAGCCAUUUGGACUCAUUUUAUUUUGUGUAUAUAUUGGCCACAAGCGUCAAUAGACAAAAGGUACACACAUUGAAAGAUGAAAUAUUUACACAGACGCUUUGUGUUCAUUCAUACAUGACACAAAAGACGGUGUCUAACACAACAUACAGUAGCCUACCGGGCAAGUCAUUGAGUGCUCUCGUCACUCUUCUGUGUGCGCUGGGGUCGUCUUUUUCAGUGUGGAAGUUUGUUUUGUGUGCCGUCUUUUCGCUUUCACUUUUGUCUCCAGGCGCCCGUCGGGGUUGAAGGAUUUAUGUUCUGUGCGGUGGCUGUUUCCCUUUUCGAUGGCCGGGUCAAUCGCCUUUGGUUUUAGGGCUGAGUCGUGUGCAUUUUGUCGGGCUUCUCCAUGACGAAGUUGAGUCCACGCGCUAAGGGCCUGAUUUACCAAGGUCCAAAUGCCACAUGCUAAACAGUGUUUGCAAUCUAUAAAAUAGUGUGUACUAAUACUGGCCGUGUUGCUUGCAAUGUACUAACACUGCGUGUACAAUUGAAAAGCUGUGCAGACAGCCUAAUUUAAAUGGGGAUUUUACGUGUUCUAUACAGGGCAUCACCACGGAGACACUCGAUCAUUUACUGCACAUUCAUGUUAUCAUGAUCCUAUCUGUGACAUUUUGCUAUGUUUUCCAACAUGCAGGAGACAUCUACCACCUUUUAUGGGCAUUUAGAAACAAUCCUACUUCAUCUACAAUGAAACCAUAUUUUUUCAGCUUAUAGGUUCACUCAUUAGAGAAAGGCUAAGAGACGCAAAAGAAAAUACAUAUUUGAAGAAGUUAUUUUCAUUUAAGAAAUGUUUUAAUAAUAUAUAUUCUAUUUGAAAAAAUAAACAUCAUUAAAAAUACUAAAGGACACAAAAACACAUCAAUUGAAUGGGUUUUAAUCAGCCCUUUAAGUCAUUUAGCAGCUACAAUUACAAGAUGAUGUUGCUGAAUAGAGGACGUGUCUAAACUUUUUUAAUUUCUGUUCAAAAUGUUGAAACACACACGUAGGAUCGAGGAUUCUCGUCAGUCCUUUGUCUGUCUUUGCGAUCAUGCAGCUGUGUGUGGAGCUGCCAGUUUGCACGUCUAUCUGACACGUGCAAAAUGGUGAUGAGUGUUGAUGGAUCACAUUGCGCGUGCUAAAUAAUUAUAAAUACAUGUUCUCCACCCAGUAUUGUGGGCGUUUCGGUGAUCAGCAUAUAUUUUGCAUAUUAAUAACGACAGAGACAAAAAAUGGAUUGCACGCCUUAUUCUGCUCACUUAACAGACGCAAUCCACUUUGCACACGUUUUGUGGAUCCGCUUUGCGUGUGCUAUCAAGUUUGCACGUGUUUUAGUACAACCUUUAGUAAAUCAGGUCCGAAAUGGCUGAAUGAUUGUGUGAGUGUGUUUGAUUCAAAGCAGUGGUUCUUAACCAGGGUUCGAUCGAACCCUAGGGGUUGGGUGAGUCGACCUCAGGGGUUCGGCGGAGAUCAAAACACACCCGAUUCUUCGUGUAAAUACAAACUUCUCCCUGUUGGCAUAUUACAGCUACGGCAACAGCUGACUUAUUUGCCGGUGUUUAAUUUGUUGUGAGUUUAUGCACUGUCUUAGUUUUGUUGUUUGAACAAGGUGAUGUUCAUGCACGGUUGAAUUUGUGCACCAGUAAAAAAAAACUUGGUAAAACUUUAGUAUGGGAACAUAUUCACCAUUAAUCAGUUGCUUGUUAACAUGCAAAUUAGUAACAUAUUGGCUCUUAACUAGUCAUUGAGUACUAAUUAAUGCCUUAUUCGGCAUGGCCUUAUUAUAACCCUAACCCUCUAGCCCUGACCCUAACCCUAACCAAAUAACUCUAAAUUAAGUCUUUAUUACUUAGAAUAUGUUCCCCUAGUGUCCAAAUAACUCUAAAUUAAGUCUUUGUAACUUAGAAUAUGUUCCCCAUUCUAAAGUGUUACCAAAAACAUACAACUUUGUCUUGAAUUUGAAAUUUUCAAUUUUUUUAUUUUUCACUGAAGAAGAGUUCGGUAAAUGUGCAUAUAAAAUUGGUGGCGUUCGGUACCUCCAACAAGGUUAAGAACCACUGAUUUAAAGUGAACAAUUUCAUUGGUCCACCGUGACCCGUUCGGUAAUUUCAUUGGUCGGAUGUGACACAGCUACAUUUUUUGAUGGCUCGUGAAGCUUGUGAACGGAGAAACAUCCAUGAAUUAGCCGCGGCAUUGUAUGAAGCGCGUCUUUAUAGUCCGUAAAUCAAGAUAUGUCUUCAUCAUUCGCAUUAAUACUGACAGCGGCUGCUGCUCUUCAUUAGGACAACUCCCAAUAUCGUCUAAUCACCUAUCAAGUCAGGGGAGACCGUUCAACUCUGGAAAAAUACAUUUAGGGUGGAGUAUUACUUCAAGGUUGUGAUUUUCCAGGGAUGGGCCCAACCAGUUUAGACAUUUUUCUUUACCGCUCAAUUCAGUCCUGAGUAGAAUCUCUCUGUGUGGUUAAGAAAAGCGGCAGCUUCAAUGUAGUUAUUAAUUUGUAUAAUGAUUAUAACGGGACAUGACUUGAUAAUUAAUGAACAGUCAACCGUCGCUAAUGAUACAUCAGAGAGCAUAAAAAGAAAGAGCUGCAUUGGUGUUCCUUAAAGUCACAGGGUGUUGGUUUAUGUGUUCGAUUCCCUAAACCUUGAUCUUGGUGUUGUAAUCAACAUGCACUGGAAAGUACUUUGUUUCUGUGGAUCCGAUGGGUCCCUUUUAUGUGUAUUGUGUUGCUUUAUGGGUCAGUCAUGUUGCCUCACAUCAGCUGUAAAUCUGCGUUGGCUCACAAGUUUGAUUUAUUGGAAAGGGAAAAAAAUCUGCCACGGUGCCCUGUGUUUUUGUUAGAAUGACGUUCCCAAGCUGCACUCUUGAUGUGCAGCAUUCCCUUGUGCGGGACUUUAUUGUAUGGAAACCGUCAGUGUCUUUCAAUUUUGUAGUUCUCUUUAUAUCAAUUUGAAGUUGUUGAGGAAGUUUUUUUUUUUUUUUUAAAUGAUAACAUUCUCCAUGUUCUUUCUUAAAGUGUAUUUUCCUAACAAAAAUGAUCUGUUUUUAUAAAAGGAUGAUUUUUAACACAUCCUAUGAUAUCAUGGGCAUUUUUUUUUCUACAUUCCUUGCACAGCUCUUUGCGGCGUGUAAAGCAAACCAAAACAAUUCACUGUUGUACAUUUGUUACGUCACCCUUCUCUGCAGACCACAGCAAGCGUACGUGUGUACAUGUGUUUGUCCAACCCUGGAAUAUGCCUUUGAACUGCUCAGUUGCAAAUGAAGUCUUGAUUAUCACACAUUCUCUGUAUACCAAGAAAGGAGACCCAGCGAAAAUGUAGCAUUUUUGUAAACAUUGACUGUGUGUUUUCGAGACUCUACUGUGCACUCAUUUUUUGUGUUUAUAAAUGUACUUUCGGUUGUUGAUAUAUUAUGGAAGUAAAGACAAUUUUUUAUGUAGUGCAAUAUGCUGUACAUAUGGAGCUUUGCUCUACAAAUCUUUUUUUCUGGAUUUCCUGUUGUUUAUUGGUACUUUUUUCAAUAAAAUUUUAUUGAACGUGGUAAAA